GGAAGCCAACACAGCAGGACUAACGGAAACAACAACAACAACAACAAAGCAGUCAAUCAAAUUUUGCAUUAGGCACUUGGAAGAGAAAGGGAGAGAGGAGAAAUGCAGCAGCAUCAACAUGCCAAAGAAAAGUUAUUUCAAUAAGUUUCAACGUUUUUCAAAUGUUUAUGCAAAGCUUUAAUUGUUUAACAAGAAACGCAAGAAAACUAAAGACACUGAGCCCCCAGGGGAUAGUUUCAUCUGGAUAAUCUAGAAUAGCAUUUCAUCUAGUUUUCCUGCAUAUGGCCUGAAACAGCAAAUAACACUCUUCUCAUGCUGGCAUACACAAACUUUUGCCUUUGUAUAUACAGCGAGGCAGUUUGAAUGUGAGAACAUGUUGUUGUAUGCUAAAACUUCUUCCAGUUCGCAGAAAACAUUGCGAAGCUUCUGGCAGUUGCAGGAUUAAUUAUGCAAAUUGAAUUGAAACUGUCAACAGUCGCAACACCAGCAGUACCAACUUGCCAGCUAACCCAAAGACGACAGCAUUAGCCAUUAUUGUAGACAGCUACAAAUCGCCUUGGCACACCGAAAGGGAGCUGCAACAAAACAGAGUCCUUUGGCAUAGAGCUUAGAAGGAAGUGCAAUGGAAAAUGUUGCCAAUAUGAAGUGUAUGCCAGGUGAAACAAUAACAGGGGCAAACUUGCCAAGCAACAGCAGCUCAUCGUUGGUAUCCCACACCAGCUCUGAAGUCGGGGCUCAACAUUCUGCAGAAUCAAUUACAGCUUCACAAACACCAGCAACGUCGUCAUUAACAACUCGGCCCACCACAGCAACAUGCAAUGAAAAAAAUUCCUCAAAAAUGUUUUGUAACCGAAAUGCUGCUAUAUUUGAUGAGAGUUCUUCAGUGUCAGCAAUAGCAGGGUUAUUGUCAGCACCCACAACGUCAGCAUCAGCAUCAGCAUCAUCCUUGUCAUUGUCAUCGUCAUCAGCAAGAGUAACAACGAAAUCAUCCCGGGCAACAAAAACACCUAUAACAACCAUACUUCAAACAUCACCACCAAUGUGCUUAUUAGGGAUGCUAAGAAAGGCUAUGACCAUGGGGAAUAGCAAUAUCAGUUCCCCAUCCGCCUUCGAUUCCUCCUCAUCGUCAUCGUCGUCGUCGUCAGUUUCCAGGCAGGAGAAUGCCACCAUUUCUAGUUGUUGGUUCGAACGAAUCAUCAACAAUACAAACGUCAAAUUCACAAUAUUGCAACAGCAACAGCAGCAGCAACAACAUCAGCAUCAUUCACAUAGAAAUUCUCAACAGCAACAUCUCCCAUGCUAUGCUACUAACCCCAGCAGUUAUAUGCAGCAAGUGCAGCGCCAGCCACAACAGCAGCAUUUUCCCUUACUAGCCGACUCACAUAGUGCCAUGUUUUCAUUACAUCGCCAAAAUAGCACAAAUAUUUUACAUCAUCAGCAACAUGGUUGUAGUAGUAGUAGUCCCACUCCUCCUUCCAAGCAGAAAAAAUCCCAACAACCUAAAGCUCGAAAAUUCUUACAGUUGCUGACAUAUUUUGCAGCAAUCAUCACAAUGUUUUCGAUGACACCACAGGCAAGUGCUGCCGAAUAUAUGAGCUUAAGGGCAAGGAAUUUGCAAGGGAUGACAACUGCAAUAACAACAACAACAACAACAGCAACUGCACACAACACAAAUGAAAAGGACUCUAGCAUCAAGCAACCAAACAACAAUUCGCCAGAAUUUCUACUACCCCCACUGACAUUCGUCGAAACAAAUGUGAUGACACCUACAUCAUCAUCAUCACCAUCGUCAGCAUCAGCAACAGUAUCGCUGACAUCGCCAUCAACAUCCAAAACUACUUUGUCCUUGUCAUCAUCCACCAACAUCAUUGAUUCUAGUCAUCCUGAUAACCGUGGGAUUAUUCUUUCACGUUUUGUACGUUCCCUCAACAGUGUCAGUGGCUCCCUGGGCAAUGUAGGUGGUGGUGGCGGCAGCAGCAGCAGCAGUUCCAGCAUAUUUGGUUCUUCCUCUACCAGUGGCUCAUCAGGUCUAAUGAAUAUUUACAAUCAGAAUUUGGACAUUGGACUUGGUAGUAAUAUCGAAUGUCCCAGCUUUGAUGAGAGUUCAGCAUGUCCCUGUUAUAAAUUUGAAGAUGGCCUUUUCCUCGAAUGUCCAGGAACGACAGCGAUUUCAUUACGUUCAACAUUGGAGCGCAUAUCAUCACCCAUCCAUUCGUUGUCAAUUUAUGAUUUCGAUCGUUCGGUCACGUCCCUAUCCCAAGAUGUCUUUCAACCUGGUGUCAAUAUAAGACAUUUACAGUUUUCCCAUUCGCAUCUGGAAACAUUGAAGGAUAAUAGUCUCAAGAAUGUACGUGCAUCAUUGGAAUCGUUGAGCAUCGUUAAUGGUAAAUUAACACAGCUGCCUUCUCGUGCCCUUAAUUCUUUGCAAAAAUUAAGCGCUUUGGAUUUCGAUUACAAUGAAAUAGCCAAAAUUGAGGACUACAGCUUCUAUGGCCUGAGACUAUCGAAACUGAAUAUGAAGGGCAAUCGCUUGCAGGGUAUACCAGAACAUGCCUUUGUGGGUCUGGAGGAGUCCAUGCAAGAAAUCGACUUGUCCGAGAACAGUCUGAGGUCAUUUCCCAUGAUGGCUCUAAGAAAACUAGACCAUUUGCGCAUAUUAAGAUUAUCGAAUAAUAAAAUAUCCACCUUUUAUGGAGAUAUACAAUUGGUGACAAAUAAUGCAACGGCAGCAUCGGCGCUGAGAUUGGCCUCGCUGACCUUUUUGGAUUUGAGCUCCAAUAAAUUUACCGAAAUUUUAGAUGAUUGCUUUCGCACAUUUCCCCAGCUGAAGACGCUCUCCAUGUAUGCCAAUCAAAUAGAAGUGGUGCAGCCGGAGGCGUUUAAGAGCCUCAAAGAGCUAAUGUCCUUGGAUAUGUCCCACAAUAGAAUAAUCACCUUGGACUCUAAGAUUUUCGAUAAGAACACAAGACUGCAGACAGUGGACUUGAGCCACAAUCACAUACACUCCAUAAGUGGAGUUUUUUCGAAUUUACCCCAGCUGAGGGAGAUUUUCCUAUCGGAGAAUAACAUAUUGGAAUUGCCAGCGGAUGCCUUUACCAACUCCUCAAAUGUUGAGGUAAUAUAUUUGGAAUUCAAUGCGAUAGCCCAUGUGGAUCCCAAUGUCUUUUCGUCCUUGGUGAAUUUGGAUCAUUUGUAUUUGAGAGCGAAUUUCAUACCUUUACUGCCGGUGACACUCCUGGAUAAAUGCCAGAAAUUGAGCUCUUUGUCCUUGGACGAUAAUGAAAUACAAGAUCUGGAAAUUGGCAUGUUUCGCAAAAUGGAAUUCCUUAGGGAAGUGCGUUUGCACAACAAUCGCAUACGACGCAUACGCAAAGGGGUCUUUGAGCCCUUGCCCACGCUGCAGGAGCUGCAUGUGCAGAAGAACAACAUAGAGGACAUAGAACCGGGAGCCUUUCAAACCCUGUACAACUUGCAACACAUCAAUCUGCAGGAUAACCAAUUGACCGUCUUGGAGGAUAUAUUCCCCAAGGAGGCCAAUAUCUCCUCGCUGCUGACCAUACAGCUGGAAGCGAAUUAUUUGAAUAAAAUACAUCCCAAGACCUUUAGGCGUCAGGAUAAAAUCCAAAUCAUGUGGCUGAGUCACAACGAGCUGAUGCGCGUGGAGAAGUCCAUGUUCGAGGAUCAGGUGGACUUGGCCCGUUUGUAUUUGAAUCACAAUUUCAUUAGGGACAUUGAUCGCGAUACCUUUGCAAAGCUUAAGAAUUUGAAAUUCAUCGAUAUGAGUUGGAAUCGUUUGAAACAAUUGAGAAGGGACUAUUUCUCGUCGCUGGUCAAUGUGGAGGAAUUGGUGCUGGCACACAAUUUCAUCGAAGCCAUAGAGGGAUUUGCCUUUAAUAAACUGAAGAAUAUGAAGAUUUUGGAUCUCUCCCACAAUCCCCUACAUCAGAUAACCAAUGAUGUCUUUAUGGAGGAUCUAUCGCUGACCCAUCUGAAUUUGCAAAACACCUCUCUGAGGAGAAUAGAGACGAAUACCUUCAAGUCCUUGCAGAAUUUGAAUGAUUUGAAUUUGGUGGGUAACUAUUUGCUGCCCUCGGAUAUACAAAAAUUGGAUGUACCCGGUUUGAGUACUCUCUACCUGUCGAAUAAUGACCUAUCGAAUCAAGCCAAUAUGUCCAAUAUGUUUGAUAAGCUGCGCUCUCUGCAACAUCUAACCAUGGCCAAUUGCUCCUUGACUUCACUGCCCGAUGAUAUAUUCACCAAAAAUACCAAUCUGGUGAAAUUGGAUCUGUGUGACAAUAUUUUGAGCUCCAUGAAUCGCAAUCUCUUUAUAGGCCUCAAUGUCUUCAAGGAGUUGAGGGUGUGCCGCAAUCAACUUACCGAAUUCCCCCAUGUGGCCCUCUACAAUUUGAGCACCCUGGAAGUGUUGGACCUAUCGAGAAAUCUCUUUUCCACCAUUGACUUCUACAAGUUAAGUGGCACGCUUAAUCUAAGGCAAUUAAAUCUAAAGGACAACAAGAUAACCUCGCUUACCGGUUUUAAUGCUGUCAACCUCACCCAAUUGGACACCGUGGAUCUUAGUGGCAAUCUUUUGUUAUCGCUACCCGCCAAUUUUCUACGCAACUCCAUUAACUUGCAGAGAGUUGAUCUAUCCAGCAAUCGUUUCCUGCAAAUACCCAGUUCCGCCCUAUCGGAUAUAUCGCUGCCACGCCUCUCUUGGCUUAAUCUCACCGGCAAUCCCAUCAACACUAUAUACACGGUCAUCGAGGAGAGAUAUCCCUAUCUCAAAGAGCUGUAUAUCUGUCAAACCAAUCUUUCCAUACUCACCUCCUAUGAUUUCAAGGCCUUCAAAGCUUUGCAACAUCUACAUUUGGUCAAUAAUCGUAUAACGCGCAUUUCACCCGGAGCCUUUACGAAUUUGACCAAUCUAUUGACUCUGGACAUUAGUAUCAAUGAACUGGAACUGCUGCCCAUAGAACGUCUAAAGGGUCUAAGUAAUCUGCGGGUGUUGAAUAUAUCUCACAAUAUUUUGCGUGAAUUGGAUGAGUUUUCGUCGGAUUUGAUACAACUGCAAGUGUGCGAUUUAUCGUUCAAUCAAUUGGAUCGCGUGUCAAGAUUCACCUUUACCCAUUUGCACAAUCUGGUGGAGCUCUAUUUGAUGGGCAAUCGCAUGACAGUGUUGUCGGUGGAUGCCUUUCGCUAUUUGAGAAAGUUACACAUCUUGGAUUUGAGGAAGAAUUAUUUUGAACUGGUGCCAAUUGAAGCGCUGAAGCCUUUGGAGGCCAAUAUCAAAACUUUAAGAUUGGAAGAAAAUCCACUGCACUGCAGUUGUGAUGCCCAAAAACUCUGGGAAUGGCUGAGGGAUCAUCGCAAAUGGUCCUCAUCCACUACCACCAGUUUAACAUCGUCCACCUCGACAUCGCUAUUAACGGGCGGCUCCAUGUCCGGAUCCUCCUUUUCAACAUCCUCCCUAUCGUCCGCUUCGUUAUCGCUGUCGUCGUUGUCAUCCUCAUCGGUAAUGAUGUCAUCGGGCGAUAACAUUAAUUAUCUAAGGUGCGAACAUCCAGCCGAGCUGCGUGGCAAGAUAUUUGCCAAAAUGGAGCCGCAACAAUUCUGCGAUGCACCAUUAAUACCAAAAAUUGCCAUACAGGAUAUACAACCCUAUUCGGUCAUUGUGUCCUGGCAGAGUCGUGAGCAUUUAGGAUUAAGCGGCUAUGAAAUUGUUUAUCAUGCCAUCGGCGAUGGCAACAGUGCAAAUAGUGUAACGGGUGGAGCAGCAGGAUUUGUGGACUUGGAUGAGAUACGCGGCAAACGGCUCAAUGGUUCGGCACAUUCAGCGAAAUUAACAAAACUUAGCCCAAAUACACGUUACCAUAUUUGUGUUAUCGGCACCGGUAAUUGGCUAUCGGAGCCUGUGGCGAAUGCCCUGCAAAGGAUACACGUUAACGAUAGCUUCCUUAUGAUGCCACGCGAUGAGCCCAACACAUCGUUGUACGCAUCGAACACAGUGUCCGCCUAUCCAUACGCCUCCGUUUCCGGUUCUUCUUUGUCGUCAUCAUCAUCAUCAUCAUCAUCGUCGUCGCUGCCCACUUCCGAAGCCUAUACACCGUAUCAUUUAUCGUACACGGGCAGUUUGUUCAACACAAAUGGCAUGACCUUCGGCGGCGAACAUCCAUCGCUGGCCCAGCCCCAGCAGCAGCAGGCCUUAAUCGAAAACACUGUCGCCUCGGACAAUGCCCUGCAAGAGGUGCUCAAAAAUUCCCGCUUCUCCACCUGCACCGAUGUGCAGACACUGGAUUCGACGCCCAGCGUUAUCACCGAUGAAAAUGGCCUGGCCACUAAUGGAUUCAUACAUUCGAUACUCACGCGACGCCUCGGUCUUAUUGUGGGCUGUUGCCUGGGCAUCAUUGUCUUCAUCGUUAUGAUCUCGGUGCUCAGCUAUGUGAAGCUGAAGAAGCAACGCAUUGAAAACGCCAAACGCCAGGCGGCAUUGCCGCCCGACUACAUGUCCUAUCGACACUUUUCCAUACCCAACGAAGAGCUGCUGCGUACCGGAGGCUUGGGUGGUGGUGGCAGCGGCAACGGGGGCACCGUUAUGUCAAGUGUGCCGAGUGGCAUCAGUGCCCAUAUUAGUGGGACCAGUCUGAGUACGAGUGCAACGACAACGGCCACGGCCACUACACCGCUUGGUAUUCUAAAGGUAACCGAAAGUCUGAAUAGUGCUGCCAGUGGCAGCAAUGGCGGAGCCAUAGGUGGGGGCGUUAGUGUGGCGGCCACAGUAACAUCGGCCUCCGGCAAUGCGGUUUUGACCGGAGGCAAUGGCAAUUUAAAUUUAGCCACAUCAAAUGCCGCUGAUAGUAGUGGUGGAACUGUGACUGUGGCCACAUCGAAUGCGAACAACCAUCAUCACUUGCCAUCGCAUCAUCACAAUCACAAUCACAAUCAUCAUCAUCAUCUACCAAACCAGCAGCAGCAACAGCAACAACAUUAUCAACAAGGAAAUGGCAAUGUCGUGGGCUAUAUGGCAGCAGGAGUAGUGCUAGGUGCGAAUCAUUUAAACAAUGUCUCCUGUUAGUAGUAUCAGCUGCAGUAAAACACACUGUAAGUGUAUGUGUAAGUGUAACUGAGAGUUGGUCCUACUGCCGCUGCCGCUGCUGCUGCUUGGGGCAGCUGGUGGUUUUUGGCCACAUUCAAUUUAAAGCAGACACGAACAAAAACAAAAGAAUACCCCCAAAAAUAUCCCCCUUCCCCCGAAAAAAAAAACGCAUAAGCAUCAAAGAAUCCGCAAAA